UUCUUUUAAGAAUCAGAAAACAUUCACAUGUUUUUUAAUUUAAUUAUUGUAAACAUUUUUAGCUGGAUAAUAAAAUGAGUGAAAGAAAAUUUACUCGAGGUUUGGGUAAGCCUGGGAUGGCUGCCCAAGUACGUGAAACUGUAUCCCAAGUUGUUAGAGAGAGUGCGGUUCAUAAUAAAACACAAUUAAUAGAACCAAUAGAUUUCGAGAACUACAUAUUAAAAAAUAAGACUGUCAUACAAAAUGAUACACAUCGUGAACUAUUAUUGUAUCCGUCUGAUGAUGUUUCACAAGUGGUUCUACCAAGACGUUAUCGUACCCUAAUACCCAUCAUACCUAAUACCAGUGAUAUUAACGAUUGUAAUUUGUUCACUAAAAUGUGUAUACAAAGUUACACAUCCAAUUGGAAUUUAAUACAUUAUAAGUAUCAUCAAUAUUCAACGACUUUUAUUGAUUUACCCAAAAUUAAAUUAGAAGAAUAUAGCGCCGAUAUUUAUGAAAUCGAUACCGACAUAGAUAAAAUGACAGCAGAUGAGAACGAAACAAAUUUAAAGAAUACAAGAAUUACGAAACAAGGAUAUCUAAUGAAAGGUCCCGAUAUAAAUAAUACAGAUCGAAUGUUCCCGAAUAUUGGCUCGAAAUCAUUUAAAAAACGUUAUUGUUAUCUUCGACAAGAAGUUGAUGGUACAUAUAUUUUAGAAUUGUAUAAAGAUGAGAAAAAGGGUGAUGCUAAAGUUACUAUUGUUAUGGAUUUUUGUACAGAAGUUAUUACAAAUGUAAAAAAAGGACGUUUUUGUUUUGAACUACGCAUGACUGCAGGACAUAAAUCGUACAGUUUAGCUGCUGACAAUGAAAUUGAAUAUAAAGAUUGGAUCAAUAAAUUGAGUACAGUAUUACAACAAAACAAAUUACAAGAAGAGAAACGUUCAUCAUCGUUAGAACGUUCUAAUUCGACAACUAAAUCAACAAACGUUCAAAACAAUACAACAACAUCCGCAUCUUCAAGUCCUACAUCAACAAACAACACAUCUCUUGAAUACGGCACACUAAAAAGUUUAGAACAAAGUAUGAAUCCACAAUUAAUAAAAUAUGCACGAGAAACAGAGCUUUCAAUAGCACAUGCUAGACGACAUUCACGUAAACAAUUAUUUCAUAUUUAUUACCCCGUUGCUCAACAAAUAAAAUCUUCAACAUUAACCGAAUCAACAACACAAUCAACUUCGAUAGAACCUUAUAAAGAACAAUUUGGGCAACGGAUUUUCGUCAAAUGUGAGAAUAUACAAUUCAAAUUACAGACACCAUCGAUAGAUGGCAAUAAUACUGCACAAGAAGGUGGUUGUGAACAAUAUAAUCAAAUCGAACCAUAUUUUACAAGUUUAUGCUUAUUCGAUGCACGAAAUAAUAAAAAAUUAACCGAAAACUUUUAUUUUGAUAUUAACGAUGAAUAUUCUCGUACACUAUUACAAAAUAUCAGCGAGGAAGACAGUGAAAGUUUAAAUAUUAUCGAUUAUAAGAAAUAUAUCGAUCCGCAAUGGAUACGAUUUCCAAACCAAUGUAUUUUAAGUUUGACAAACGCACAUUCAGAAAUUUAUUUAGUUAUACGAAUCGAUAAAAUAUUACAGGGUAACAUAACACAAACGUGUGAGCCAUAUAUAAAAUAUAAUUCCCAUAAAUCGACUGCUAAAUUACAUAAAAUAAUUAAACAAUACUGCCAAAGGACGAAACAAUAUCGUCAGCCAUUUGCAUGGAGUGCACGACCUUUAUUUAAAAUGUACAGCCAUGAAUUAGAUGCAACAAGUGAAUUUCCAGCAAUAUAUCGUCAAGAAUAUCAACGUUUAACCGAUGAAGAUAUGUUGAAAAUAUUAGCGGAAUAUCGUAAAAGUGAUAAAUUGAAUAAAUUAACUAUUAUCCCGGGUACGUUAAAAAUAACAAUCAGUGAAACGUUACCAACCGUAAAUGUAUUAUCAACAAAUUUAAUACCGAUUAAACCGUAUCCAAUUCCACCAGAAAAUCCGCCAACUUUCGAGAUAUGUGAAUUUAAUGAAUAUUUAUUAAAUAACGAACAGGAUCUAAAUCCAUAUACAACUUUUAUCAAUAACCUCUACGUAUACCCACAACAAUUAUUAUUCGAUACACAAAAAGUGUUUGCUCGUGCACGUAAUAUUGUGUGCUCGGUAGAAUUACGUGCCACGGAUGAUUUAAACAAAGCUAAAUCAAUCGCAUGUAUUUAUAAACAAUAUUCAAAUAAUAAAAGUAUAUUUAUAAAUAAAACAUAUUGUACGGUACUUCAUCAUAAUACAACACCAUCGUGGUAUGAUGAAAUUAAAAUACAAUUACCAAUAAACAUCACAUCCCAACAUCACCUAUUAUUUACAUUUUGUCAUGUUUCAUGUGAUAUUAAUAAAAAACUAUCAACGGCUUCAUCGAUUUCAUCAAAUAGUUCAUCGUCAACAAUGACAAAUAAUUGUAUUGUUGAAAAUUGUAUUGGUUAUGCAUGGAUACCAUUGUUGUGUAAGGGUAAAUUAAAUUUUGAUAUACAAUGUGUGCCAGUUGCAACACAUUUACCAUCAGGAUAUUUAUCAAUACAACCGCUUGGAUUAGGCAAAGGAAAUGCAGGUCCUGAUAUAACAUGGAUCGAUAAUCAACGAUCAAUAUUCACAGUAAAUUUCAACUUAAUAUCAUCAAUCAACACAAUCGAUCAACAUUUAUAUAAUUUAUUUAUACAAUCCGAACGUUUAUUUAUUCAACAACAAUCACCAGUAUUAGAAGAUGAUAACAAUGAUGGCGAUCAACAAUUAAAUAAAUCAUCACAAAUAAUUUCAUUAAAUGAAACAGAAUUAUGUAAAAUAUUAAAAGCAUUACAUGCAAUACAAUUACGUACGUUAAUAAAAUUCUUACCAACAAUAUUAAAUCAUCUAUUAAAUAUAUUAUUAAUAACAUCACAACAAUCAAUACCAAUCAAUAAUCAAUCAAAUGAUAUAUCAUUAAAUAUUAUACGUGUAUUAAUUAAUUUAAUACAUAUGUUAUAUGAUGCGGGACGUGCGGAUAUUGUACAAUCGUAUAUUAAAUAUGUAUUUAUUAUAAAUACAACAAAUAAUAGUAAUCAUAUUAAACAACAAAUACAUUUUGAAUUGAUUAAACAUUUACCAACAAUUUUACAUCCAAAUAAUACAGAUUUUUUAACAAUUAAUAAAUUUAUGAAACAUUCAUCGUUCUUUUUUGAUAUUAUUAUUAAAAGUAUGGCACAGUAUUUAUUAACAACUGGGCGUAUUAAAAUGCACCGACAUGAAAGAUUCAGUAAAGAAUAUAUUGAAAAAAUUGAAACAUUAUUACAAGUAUUAGUUCCAUAUAUUACAAGUAAAUAUAAAGAAAUGCCUCACGAAACAUAUGAAUUAAAUACAAGUUUAGCGAUUUUUUUAAAAAAAUGUUUAUCGUUUAUGGAUCGUGGACAAGUAUUUAAAUUAAUAAAUUUAUAUAUUGAUAAAUUUAAUAACAUUGAUAACAACAAUAUAACAAGUACAAGUAACAACUAUCAAAUAAAACGGACAUUAAACGAAUAUAAAUUUAAAUUAAUUCAAAUAAUAUGUUCACAUGAACAUUACAUCAUAUUAAAUUUACCUGUACAAUUAAAUACACGUUUAAGUCCAAAAUCCGCAGCAGCUGCAAGUACAAGUUCGGACACAACAAGUAACAUAUUAAAUGAAUAUUAUUUAUCAAAUGAAUAUUGUAAACAUCAUUAUUUAGUUGGUGUACUUUUAAAAGAAAUACGUACGAUAUUAAAUGAUGAAAUGAAUUCACAAAUACGUAAGCUCGCUAUAAUUACAUUACGUGAUCUAUUAGCAAAACAUGAGUUUGAUGAUCGAUAUCAAUCAAAAGGGCAAUUAUCACGUAUUGCAAUGUUAUAUGUACCAUUUUUAAAUAUUGUUUUUGAACAUUUACAUCGGAUUUAUAUUGAUACAACCACAUGUAAAACUAAUACAAAUUCGUGUACAAAUAAAGCAGCAACAACAUCGAACAGUAUGAAUUAUUUAAAUAAAUAUUCAUCGUCUUCGACAACUGACACACGUUGUACACCACAUCAUAAUGUACGAUCGAAUCGAUUUACGUUAUAUAUAGAUCAGCAUAGUACAUCAACAACGGCAUCACCGAUACAUCACUUACGCGAUUCACAAUAUUUUGCAGCUAUUGCUGGACAGACGUUAAUAAAUGGUAAUUCAUCCAUGUCAUUAGAUUCAGACGUUUCAACAAUGUCUGGCGGUGGAGGAGGAGGUUAUGGUGAUGGGACAUCCACAAUAUCACAAGAAACAACAAUUAUACGAAAUAUUGCUAAUGUUGAUGAAGAACAACAUAACAAUAAUAAUACCGAUUCAAAUGAUAUAAUACCAGCAAAUAAUAACACAGAAUUAUUAUUAAAUAACUACAAAAUAAAUAAACAUAAUCGAUCAAUCAGUAUAAUUACAUCACAAACACAAUUACAUCAUCGUAACGAUCAUCUACAUAUAACAGAAAUCAAGGAUUUAUUAAUAUGUGUAUUAUUUAUAUUAAAAUAUAUUGGAGAUGAUCAAUUAAUAACUUGGUGGCAACAUGCAUCUGAUUUGGAUCUGUUUAACUUUUUUAUUUUAUUAGAGAAAUGUUUAUAUUGUUUUAAAUACCAAGGUAAACAUCAACCUUCAACUGGCGUAUCAAAUGACUUACAAUCAACGAAUCAACAAUCUAAUGUUGAUCAGAGUAAAAAAUUAAAAGCACACACAUUACCAGCAAGAAUGAAUCCGGCAACGGAAUUCAAUCAAACGCUUUCAUCUACAUUAACCACUCCACGUGGUUCUGAUGGUGAAGAUAACAACUUAAUAAAACAAGAAAAUGAGAAGAAGAAAAUAUACGAAUCAAAACUUGAUGGAAAUUUAUCAACGGAAUGUGGUUUAGUCGUUCUAGAUUGUAUCGGUUUAUAUUCGAUGAAUUUUAAUAAAAAAUUGCUAGAAGCCGAUGGUGAUAAUAUUCUUAUGCAUAAAAUUUUCGAUAUUUAUUUACUUUAUUUACAAUUAGAAUCUUCUGAGCUGUUAUUAAAGAAUGUUUUCGCAUCGUUGCGUGCGUUUAUCAAUGUUUAUUCGAUAGUUUUGUUCGGGAACAAUAAUGCCAUGGUCACACAAUUAUGUGGACAUUUAUGUUAUGAGAUCUUACGAUUAUGUAAUAGUCGAAUACAAUUAAUUCGACAAGAAGCGUGUGCGAUUUUAUAUUUAUUAAUGCGUAGUAAUUUUCAAUAUAUGAAUCAAAAUAGUUUAACUCGAGUACAUUUACAAGUUAUUAUCUCAGUUUCGCAAAUAAUUGGAAAUAUACAAUUGUUUAAUGAUUUAAAUAAUGCGCGCUUUCAAGAAAGUUUAAGUUUAAUCAACUCCUACGCGUUGAGUGAUAAGGCAAUGAAAGGUACAAAUUUUCCAUUAGAGGUUAAAGAUUUAACAAAACGUAUACGAACUGUUCUAAUGGCGACGUUACAAAUGCGAGAACAUCAUUAUGAUCCAGAAAUGUUGGUGGAUUUACAACAUAGUUUAGCAAAUUCUUAUGCUUCAACACCAGAAUUACGACGAACGUGGUUGGAAACAAUGACCAAAAAUCAUUUACAUGAUGGAAAUUACUCAGAAGCUGCUAUGUGUCAACUCCAUAUUGCAGCAUUAAUGGCAGAAUAUUUAAAAUUAAAAAAUUUAAAUGAAUGGGGAGCUGAUAAUUUUAAUAAAAUUUCUUCGAAUAUUGAUAAAGAUGAAAGAUCGUUAAAAUUAGAUGAUGGAAUUCAAGAUACAGUCCAAUACAACGAAUAUCUUUUACUCGAACAACUCGAACAGUGUGUGCAUUAUGUCGAACAAAGUGAACGAUACGAAUUAUUAGGUGAUCUGUAUCGAUUAAUUAUACCAAUUUACGAGCGAAAACAUGAUUAUAAUCAAUUAGCACAUGCGUACACAAAUUUAGCAAAGAAUUAUAAUAAAAUAAUCGAUGUAAUGAAAUCUGGUAAACGAUUAUUAGGACGAUUUUAUCGCGUUGCAUUCUAUUCACAGAAUUAUUUUGAAGAAAUGGAUGGAAUUGAGUAUAUUUAUAAAGAACCAAAAGUUACAACUUUAAGUGAAAUCUCAGAACGUUUACAAAAUCAAUAUAGCUUAAAAUAUGGUUCGAAUCAUAUUAAAAUCAUACAAAAUUCGUUACCGAUUAACGCAAAUGAUUUAGAUUUAAAACAAUAUGGAUAUAUUCAAGUUACACAUGUUGUACCAUAUUUUAAUAACGUGAAUAAAACUCAAAGACAAACGGAAUUCGAAUUAAAUCAUGAUAUUUCAUGUUUUAUGUAUGAAACACCAUUUACGAGAGAUGGUAGUAGAGCGCAUGGUACACCCGAAGAACAAUGGAAACGUCGAACGAUAUUAACAACACAAUAUUCAUUUCCAUAUGUUAAGAAACGGAUUAGUGUGUGUGAGCGUCGUUCCGAAGAGUUAUCACCGAUAGAAGUAGCUAUUGAUGAGAUGACCCAACGUGUUAGUGAAUUAGAAGAUGUAGUGUUUAAUGAACCGACUGAUAUCAAAAAAUUACAAUUACGUUUACAAGGCAGUGUUUGUGUACAAGUGAAUGCUGGUCCAUUAGCUUAUGCGUCUGUGUUUUUAGAUCCAACAUUGUCGAAUUUAUAUCCAGAUGAUAAAGUUGACGAAUUAAAAGAUAUAUUCAGAGACUUUUUAAAAAUAUGUUAUACAGCAUUACAAAUCAAUAGUAAAUUAAUAACAUCCGACCAAUGUGAAUAUCAAGAAGCACUACGAGCAAAUUAUAAAAAAUUAUGUAUACAAUUAUCAACAUUAUUUGGUGAAGCAUUAUGGCCACAUGACGAGACUGGUAGUUUUAAACGUAAUAGUUUAGCAUUAUUUAGUGCAAUUAGUGGAGCAUCAUAUAAUUCAAGUACUGCAUAAUAAAUUUAUUCAAUUAGUAAUUAUUAUUUAUUUAUUAUUUAAAAAUUUUAAAAAAACUAGUCAUUAUUAAUAGAUCUAGUCUCAGUCGUAAUAUUUGAAAAUUAUUUUCGAACGGCUGGAAAUUUUAGAGGCACCUGUUGAAGUCAUUCACGCCUAAAAUUUUCCUCCACGAAAAUUUGUAUAGCCAACGCCUUCUCUUUCAGGAAACCUGAAAAAUUGUUUACUGCACAACAAGUUUUAAGUUGAUUCAUUGAGGACGAUAUUUUAAAUAAGAUAAUUGAAUAUUGUCCUCAAAGAAUAUUCAUGGCUAUGUAGAUUUUCGUGGAGGAAAAGCUGUUACAACAUUGACAACUGACUCUCAAAUUAGCCAUUUUGAAAUGAUUGUCAAAUACUAUGUUUGGCCCUAGGUCUAUAAAUUUUAUUUUGAAUUCAUAGUAAAAUAAUUCCAAAUUAGUCAUUUCAUAGAACAAAUUAAUGAAUCUCAAAUAAAAUGAGAGAGUAGAUAGA